AUGAGGGCCUGCAGUAGCGACGUUAGCGUCUUUCUAGCCUUGGUUCUCGCGGCGUUCUUUGUAGCUGCCGCGGCGGCGCCCACCUCCCACGGCGGCGUGUUCUACGUCGGCGACCAGGACGGCUGGGUCGGCAAGCCGGCGGAGAGCUACGGCCGCUGGGCCACCCGCCACCGCUUCAAGGUCACGGACACCCUCGUGUUCGAGUACAAGAAGGGCGCCGACUCCGUGCUGGUCGUGGACAAGCGCCACUACGACGCAUGCGACGUGAGGGACCCCAUAAGCAAGCGGAGCGACGGCGACUCGGCGUACGUGCUGGGCACAGCCGGGGCGUUCUACUUCAUCAGCGGCGAUGCCGGCCGGUGCAGGCAAGGCCAAAAGCUGAUGGUGGUCGUGGCGGCUGAGACGGCGGAACCGCCUGCAGGAUCGCAGCAGGCUCCCUCCCCAUCUCCAGCCCUUGUGCCGUCCACCUCCGGACCUGGGCCUGAAGUUCAUGAUGCUGGUCAAUCUGGGCCCGAAGUUGCAGCUAUAUAA